AUGCAGAGUGUACCGGAGGAGUGGAGGGAAGGACGGGAUGAGAGGACACAGGAGACCUUAGUCCAGAGGAAAGGGGGCUCAGACAUGAAGAAUGGAGGAGGUGUAGAGGAGGAGAAGGACUCGCUGAUGAUGGAGCUGACGAGACUGGUGCAGAAGAUGGUGAAGGAGAGCAGCUGGUGGGAGAGAAGAGGGAUCGACUGCAGCAUCCUGGCAGCAGCAUUCCUCUGUCUGCCGCCCGCCUUCCUGCUGCUGGGCUCCUCUCAGCUUCUGUGGUUUGCAGCUGGCAUGCUGCUGAUGGGCGUGGCGCACGCUGUCAUCACCAUCAAAGGGACACAUCUGGCUAGCCACGGGUCGCUGAGCGAGUCGCAGGCCUGGGGGAAGUUCUGGGCCGUUUUCUUCAUCGAGAUCUGCGGCUCAUUCUCAGCGCAAGCCGGCGUUCACGGCCACAUUAAGAUGCAUCAUGCUCAUACUAAUGUCAUUGGACUGGGGGACUCCAGCGUUUGGAAGGUCCCCUUCCUGCCUCGCACUGUCUACCUGUUCAUAGCUCCCCUGGCCGUGCCCAUCAUCACUCCACUCGUUGCACUCGCUCAUCUCAGAGGACACUCUCUGGCUCUGGUGCUCAGGACCAUGCUGAUGGUAACACUGGGGCUGUAUUCACAGUACUGGCUGCUGAUCCACGUCUCUGGCUUCCAGUCGCCUCUCAGUGCUUUGCUCUGUAUGCUUGUGUGCAGAGCGAUGUUCUCCAUGCCGUACAUCCAUGUCAACAUUUUCCAGCACAUCGGCCUCCGCAUGUUCUCUCCAACCCGCCGUCCGAAGAGGAUCUACCAGAUGACCCACGGAGUCCUGAACCUGCCACGUAACCCCGUGCUGGACUGGGUGUUCGGACACUCGCUUAUCAACUGCCACGUGGAGCACCAUCUCUUCCCCUUCCUGUCUGAUAACAUGUGUCUGAAGGUGAAGCCUGUCGUGUCCAAAUACCUGACGGAGAAGAAGCUCCCGUACCAGGAGGACAGCUACCUCUCUCGUCUGCACCUUUUCUUCCACAAAUACCAGGAGCUGAUGGUGUUCGCCCCGCCCAUCUCAGAGCUGGUGGGCGUGCAGUGAUGAAGGAGACAAACUGUUGACACUAAUGACUGCUGCUCCAAAGCACAAGCUUCAGUGUUCAAAGUGACACGUUAGAAACCUCCACAGUCCAGGUUUGACCUGCCUCUGACACACAGAGUUUAAUCAGUAACACAGUAUGAUCCAUGUAGUUUGAUUAAAUUACUCCUUAUGAUUGAUUUUUAGGAAUAUUGUAAGAGCUGAGUGAAUAUUCUGCACUGUUAGAUCAGGGCUCGAUUGCUCGUGUCUGUUGUCAUUGACAUGGCUACCAGUAAAGGCUACCGUUAUACUUUGAACAUCGUUUCCAAGUCCUGGUAAUUAUACGAGUAUCACAGGAACAUAUACUCACCCCGCAUUCGGGAGUCAAGCUAUACUACAACAGUAUAUCUAGGAAACCACAACAUAAUUAGCACAAAGAUAAGAGCUCACCUGAUUUAAUGUGUGCUGCUAUUUCUCCACUGACCUGAGGUCUGGUUUAUGAGACAUGAUUCCCACUGGAGACCUCAUUCACUGCAGCAGUAAAAAAAUAAUGACCCAUUCUAGGGCUGGGCGAUAUGGACUGAAAUUCAUAUCUCUGUAUUUUCAGGCUCAACGACGAUACACGAUAUAUAUCUCAGUGUUUUCUUCGUGUUCAGCUGCAGGUCAAAGACACAUUUAAGACGUCAGGAGCACUUUUAUAAAAACAGACUGUGAUCAGAAUAAAAAGCAAAGACAGGGAUUUUCUCCCUGUUUGAAAAUAAACAGCUGCACAACAUGUAAAUGGGAAAUGAUAUCAAAUAAACAGCAGGGCUGCACGUUAAAUCUGUGCACACAGCACUGCAGCUGCAGAGGUUUAAAGGUUUGCAGCGCACAACACUGAACUAUAACAUGACUGUAAAAGUGUCAGUUAGGUUUGAAACAGUUAAAAAUCUUCGUGGGCGGAGUUAAACAGUUGUUCUCCAUCUGUCGGCCGUUCAGAUGAAUCUAGCGCUGGAAAUGAUUUAAAUAUUUUAAUCUUAUUUCUGCACAGAGCAUCAACAGAGAGGCCGAGGGAGACAGAGACACUUUGUCCUCCGUAUAUACGUCUUGUGUGUGAAACAUCUGUCUCAGUGUCACACAUCAGACUAUAACGACCAAGAUGAACGGCGACACGCUAUGAUCCACCUCACACACAACCUAGCAAACGCUCACCUGACACAAUCAGGCAGCUCUGUCUCCCACACAUGCAGCACAGCGCUGUACUGCACGUGUGAUGCUGCGGUCAUUUACUUCAUCUCACAGACUGAUGUAGCGCAGCACGUGCAGCGUACAGACCGACGUCACACUGUAGACUAAUGAACAUGAUGACGGAUUAAACACAGGAGCAGUGUUGAUGGAGAAACUGUGCAGAGUGUGUGAGAGAGGAGAGAUGAACACUGGAAUGACAUUAUGUAACGCAGCUUGAGCCUGUAUUGAAGUAAGCCAUGUCUAAAUUUAUAUCUUGCUUGAAAAUAUAUCGAUAUAUCACACGUAGUCGUCAUAUCGCCCAGUCCUGAUUCAUUCAUGUAAAAGUUGCAGCACAACAGUAGUAUACUCAACACAGCAACAGAAACAUAACACAGGAACUAAAGUUACAGCAUCUUAUAAACUAUAAAACACUUGUCUUGCACAGUAAGAAUCAUUUUACAUGUUUCCUGUGAUCAUUAUGUAGCAGUAAUAUUUCACCUGUAAAGGAAGUUCAUUUAUGAGCAGGUUGUUUUUCACAUUUGUUUCUCUGUGCUUCUAGUUUUUAGGUUAAGCUCAAGGCCAAAACACACAGGUGGAGUCAUUGACGCAAGUCAAGUGCCGCCCCCAACACACACAAAAAGUGUCGCGCUGCGGGGCGUCAACUGGAUUUCUAUUGCACACUCCAGUCCGGGAAGCUGGGAAGUACAAAUAGCGCUUUUUCAAGGGCGGCAAUGCUGGAAAAAUAGGACAAUAGCGUAAAGUGACGCGGCGCGGCAAAUUGACGCGCGUUGAGCCGCCGCUGGUGUGUUUUGGCCUUCAGCCAAUCACCUGCAGGCUCCAAACACACACACACACACACACACACACACACACACAGAAACCACUGUCCACCAGAUACUGUAGUUUUUACUCCACUACAUUCACUUGAUAACUUCAUUUACUUUACAAAUUAGAAGAAUCUAAUAAUAGUUUCAGUUUCAGUUCAUUUUUCAUGCAAAAACAUUGAACUGUUUGAGCUUUUUAAAAUGAGAAUGUGUUGCUUUUUCUUUAAAAAAAAAGUAAAUCAAUUUAAUAAAUCAAAAUAAUUCAAAUUUAAUUUGAUUUAUUGAAUUGAUUUACAUUUUUCUGCAUUGAGCGUUUUUUUUACGUCUAAUACUACAAUGCAGGACUUUUACCAGUAUUUUUACAGUGUGCUUUUAUUUAAGUAAAGGAUCUGAACACUGCCUGGAGAUGAGUUUUAGCACUCGUGGUUCCCUCGUCUCAGAGUCAGUAUCAAAUAAAGUCUGUGGUUAACACAA